AUGGCUACUGAUCAUGCACGAAUCGCCAAUUUCGGCGCGGGCCCCUCGGCACUCCCAGUCUCUGUUCUUGAGGAAGCGACGAAGGGUCUUAUGAACUUUCAGCAGACGGGAGUCGGAAUUGCUGAGAUAUCACAUCGCUCGAAGGAGUUCCAGGCGUUCCUCGGGAACCUCGAGUCUCUCAUACGCACACAACUCGAUGUCCCACCCACGCAUCGCAUUUUGUUUACGCAAGGUGGCGGCUCAGCCCAGUUCUCAGCAGUCGUGCUCAACCUUCUUGCGCGCUAUCGCCUACUUCACCCUGAACGCAAUACGGAGGAGACAGUUUUAGACUACGUCGUGACGGGCUCGUGGAGCAAGAAGGCUGCAGAGGAGGCCCGAAGGCUCGGCGGUGGACAGGUGAAUGUUGUCGUGGACUCACGUCAGUUCUCGGAGAGCGGUAAAGCAUUUGACAGCAUCCCUCCCCACGCUGCAUACAGGUUCUCGCCCGACCCGGCGCUGAUCUACUACUGCGAGAACGAAACGGUAGACGGCGUGGAAUUCUCCCAUGACGAUGCUUCACCUGCUUCAUUCCCAUAUCACCUUUUGGGAGGUGGCACCAAUGCGCUGGUGCCCCUCGUCGCCGAUUACUCUUCUUCGUUUAUGUGUCGCCCAAUCCCCCAUCUUGCAGACCAUGCGAUAAUAUAUGCUGGGGCGCAGAAGAACAUUGGACCGGCGGGCUUGACGAUCCUCAUCGCCCGCGAAGACUGUAUUGUCGAUGUCGAUGCUGCUGCCAAACUAGGAACUACACCGGUGCCUUUGACACUGUCGUACAAGACCCUUGCAGACUCGGGGAGUUUGUAUAACACGCCCCCCGUGUUGUCAAUCUACAUAGCUGGUUUGGUUUUAGAGCGGAUGCAGCGGCACGGUGGCCUGAAGCAUUACGAGGAGACCAACAAGCGAAAAGCGGAGAAGCUCUAUGCGGCGCUGAGAGAAGGUGAGGGCAAAGGUGUCCUACGUAGGAAGGUGAAGGAAGGAUCCGGUAGUUGGAUGAACGUUGUGUUCGAGGUGGUUGGUCCAGACGCGGAGAAGGCGUUCCUGGAGGGAGCCGAAGCCAGAGGUAUGACAGGACUUAAAGGGCACAGAUCUGUCGGAGGUGUCCGCGUGUCGCUGUACAACGCGAUAACCGAGGCAGAGGUCGAUCAGCUUAUCGCCUAUAUCAAAGAAUUUGUACAGUAG